UUAUUAGACGAUAAAAUUCCAAUGUCCAUUUGUAUAGGUAAAGAUACAAUCGGUAUUUACAUUGUACAUUCCAAAAGGUGUAAUUAUAGCUGUUUAUAUAAAGAGUAGCGAUGGAAAAGCUUUUAUUUGUACUUAUGAUAAACUACGAGUAGUUUCAUAAUGUUGAUAUUAAUUAUAUGUACAUUUUUAAAUUUGUUUAUAUCCAUACAAGCUUUCCUAAUAGGCUCUGGUAUAUGGUCACUGAUCGACGUGAGCAAGUGCGACACGGUGGUGGACAAUGUCAUUCUGGAUGUCCCAUUGGAAAUGUAUAAGGUGAAUUACACACACGUCGGCUUCCGAGGUGAGAUAGACGCCACCAUGGACAUUGACGACACGUUCGAGAUGUUGAUAAUUGUGUGCAAACACAUGGACGGCGGAUGCAAGCAUUACGUCGACAUCAAAGACGGCAUGGAGAAGUUGCUCAAGAAGCUCACAGAGAAAAACUUGAGGAACUUACUGUUGUCCGCCGGCAUCGACCCUCCGGAAUUCCCUGUACCUCAAGGAAACCGAGUAAUCGAAAACUUCGUUAUGGACUAUUGCGAGCUGCCUACUAUGGGCUGCAUUUAUGGGAAGUACGAGGCGGAGGCGUUCUUUAUGAAGGAUGAAGAAAAAGUCGGCUGUCUGAAGGUGGUGCUCGAGUAUCAGCAGCCAGAGGAGGAGGGGAUAUGCGAAUAACAACAUUAACAUCCCCAAAAGAAUAUACGAAAGAAAUGUAUAUUAUUUAGAAAUAAUGUAAGAUUAUUAUUUGCAAAGAUUGUAUUUAGUAGAAUACAAUUACAACAAGAUGAUUUUGAAUUUAAUUCUAAAAUAGAAUCUUGUUAGUAGCAAAGGAUUCAACAGCACAACUUUGCCUAUUAUAAUUAUGUUGUACUGUAUGAAAAUGUAAUUUAAAACACAACUCUUGACAAAGUUUUAAACGGUUAUAAAACAGGAAACCUUGCUACCUUUAACUAUAAACUGAUAUGUUUUUCUUUUAUUUAUUUCAAUUCAAUGAAAACUCAGUCCUUGACUGCGAUAUCACCUGCGGCCUUAUUAUGUAUCUUAGUGUACCAUUCAAACAAUGAGUCACUACACCGAUUUUAGUCGUAUUUUCUUUUUUGAAAAAGAAAAUUCGACUGCUGCGGGCGCCGCACGCCCGGGAACGGCUUUUCGCAGAUGAUACUUGCUACUAGUGAACACUGCUCACCGCACGACGAACUGGUGGUGCUGCAGCAGAUGCUUGUUGGUGGGCAGGCGCGCGGCCAGGUCGCGCACGAGCGCCGAGCGCGCGGACGGCGCCCGCAGCGCGCGCAGCACGCCCGGGAACGACUUGCUACUAGUGAACACU